UACACUCCCUCCACCAAGAUGGAGCAAGCCACAGUCGAGGUUGAGGCUGAAGAAGCUGAGAUCCUCCAAGUUCCAGAUCGAGCUUCAUCGGCCGAGGAUACUGCCCCUACUCCUGUCCCUCUGGUUGUUCCUGUCCCUCAACUCGAGGUUGUUCCUACUUCUACUAACACUACCCCUAGCCCUGUCAACAUUGCUCCUACCCCCCCACAGGGUGAAGCCUUCUCUGCUCAUGCCGAUGAUGUGCUUACUCUCUGCAAUGCUAACUCUUUCUCUACUAGCAUCAAUGUGCUUUUUGGCAACAUCAGAAGUGGCAUUAGGGACGACGUCAUUGGUCCAUCGUAG